AUGGCAGUUAACAGAAUGGCGAAUCCGGCUGUGGAUCCAGCGAAGGAGGAACAACAGUAUCUGGAUGAAGUAGCGGCAGUUAAGAAAUGGUGGACGGACGAGAGGUGGAGAUAUACCAAGAGACCGUUCACGGCGGAGCAGAUUGUUGCUAAGAGGGGGAAUCUGAAGAUUGAAUAUCCGAGCAAUGUGCAAAGUAAGAAAUUGUGGAGGAUCUUAGAGGGGAGAUUCAAGAAUCAAGAUGCGAGUUAUACUUACGGAUGUCUGGAACCCACGAUGUUGACCCAGAUGGCGAAAUACCUCGACACGGUCUACGUUUCUGGUUGGCAGUCAUCGAGCACAGCUUCAGCGUCCGAUGAGCCUGGUCCAGAUUUGGCAGAUUACCCAUACACCACCGUCCCAAACAAAGUCAAUCACCUCUUCAUGGCCCAACUCUUCCACGACCGCAAACAACGUGAGGAACGUGUAACCACAAAAUCGAAAGCAGACCGCAGCAAGCUCGCCAAUAUCGACUAUCUCCGUCCCAUCAUCGCAGAUGCUGAUACAGGUCACGGAGGCCUGACAGCAGUGAUGAAGCUGACGAAGCUAUUCAUCGAAAAGGGUGCUGCCGGUAUACACAUCGAGGACCAAGCUCCAGGAACUAAGAAGUGUGGACACAUGGCAGGAAAAGUGCUGGUUCCCAUCAGCGAGCACAUAAAUCGACUCGUAGCCAUCCGAGCACAAGCUGAUAUCAUGGGCACGGAUCUCCUAGCAAUCGCACGAACAGACGCCGAAGCAGCAACACUAAUCACCACCACCAUCGACCCCCGCGACCACGCCUACAUCCUCGGCAGCACGAACCCGAACCUGCAACCACUCAACGACCUCAUGAUCGCCGCCGAGCGCGCCGGCAAAAACGGCGUCGAGCUACAAGCCAUCGAAGAUGCCUGGACGGCCCAAGCAGGCCUCAAGCUCUUCAACGACGCCGUCGUCGAUACGAUCCAUUCGGGCGUGCACGUCAAUAAGAAGGACCUCGCAGCCCAGUUCCUGAAGGAUGUCAAGGGGAAGAGUAAUACGGAAGCGAGAGCUCUCGCCAAGGGGAUCACCGGGGUCGAUAUUUCGUGGGAUUGGGAUAGUCCGCGGACGCGAGAGGGGUUUUAUCGUUUGCAGGGCGGAUGCGAGUGUGCUAUCAACCGCGCGAUUGCUUAUGCGCCGUACGCGGACGCGAUCUGGAUGGAGAGUAAGUUGCCGGAUUUCGCGCAGGCGGAGCAAUUCGCCAAGGGCGUGCAUGCCGUGUGGCCGGAUCAGAAAUUAGCAUACAACCUCUCGCCGUCCUUCAACUGGAAAUCCGCGAUGCCGCGCAACGAGCAGGAGACGUACAUCGCGCGCCUGAGCAAGCUGGGCUACUGCUGGCAGUUCAUCACGCUGGCGGGCCUGCACACGACGGCGCUGAUCAGCGAUCAGUUCGCCAAGGCGUACAGUCGGCAGGGGAUGCGGGCGUAUGGGGAGUUGGUGCAGGAGCCGGAGAUGGAUGGCGGGGUGGAUGUCGUGAAGCAUCAGAAGUGGAGUGGGGCGAAUUAUGUGGAUGAGUUGUUGAAGAUGGUGCAGGGGGGCGUGAGCUCGACCAGUGCGAUGGGGAAGGGGGUUACCGAGGAUCAGUUCCAUUAG